AUGUGUCACGAUCGAGGUUAUCUGGUGACACAAGAAGAAUUGGAUCAAACAUUGGACAACUUCAAGGAGACGUUUGGGGAUAAGCCAAGCGAAGGAAAGCCGAGCCGGAGUGAGUUGACGAUCCUCGUGGCACACAAUGACGACCCCACUGAUCAGAUGUUUGUUUUCUUCCCUGAAGAUGCCAAGAUUGGUAUCAAAACCAUAAAAGCAAUCUGUCAACAGAUGCAAGAGAAGGCAAUCACGCGAUCGAUCAUUGUUGUACAGGCUGGUAUGACACCGUCGGCGAAACAGUCAAUAACUGAUAUGGCUCAUAAAUAUACUCUGGAACAGUUCUUGGAGGCCGAAUUGAUGGUAAAUAUAACGGAGCAUGAGCUUGUUCCAGAACACGUCGUGAUGAAUAAUGAAGAGAAAACAGAAUUACUGGCUCGAUACAAACUGAAUGAAUCACAGCUUCCCCGAAUUCAGCAGAGUGAUCCAGUUGCGAGAUAUUUUGGCCUGAGACGUGGUCAAGUUGUGAAGAUCAUUAGGCCGUCAGAAACGGCGGGUCGUUACAUCACCUAUCGUCUUGUUUCAUGA